GGUGUGAGUGAGUGAAGCACGCGGUAAAGCAGAAGCUGUCAAAAAUGCCGGAGCCAGCAAAAUCUGCUCCCGCUCCUAAGAAAGGAUCUAAGAAAGCUGUGACUAAGGUUCAAAAAAAGGGGGAUAAGAAACGUAGAAAGAGCAGAAAAGAAAGUUAUUCCAUCUAUGUUUAUAAAGUGCUGAAACAAGUUCAUCCGGAUACUGGCAUCUCCUCGAAGGCUAUGGGUAUAAUGAACUCUUUUGUAAAUGACAUCUUUGAGCGCAUUGCUGGGGAGGCGUCUCGCCUGGCACAUUAUAACAAGCGUUCAACUAUCACUUCCCGGGAGAUCCAGACCGCUGUAAGACUGCUGCUGCCGGGGGAACUAGCCAAACACGCUGUGUCUGAGGGUACCAAGGCUGUCACCAAAUACACCAGCUCUAAGUAAAUGGCUUACUAGCUGACCACUAAA